CUUUCAAAACCUCCAUAUCCUUUCCUAAAUUUACAUCCCUUACAAUUGAAUCACCAAUCAGAAGGUGGCUUCUCUUUUUGGAUACCAUGCUCUUCUUGUGUGACCGAUCUGUAAUACUUGAUACACACUUUUCCAAAGUAGGUUCACACUUUUCCAAAAUUUUGGCCACAGGGAUCUGCCGCUCUGAUGAACAUGUGAUCAGUGGCGCUUUUGCGAUGCCUUUGCCAAUAGUGCUGGGCCAUGAAGCCGCUGGAGUUGUGGAGAGUGUUGGAGAAGGAGUAACUUGUGUGAAACCGGGUAUGAGAAAAAUUGGGGCCCAAAAAGGGAUGAGUUACACAAGGACACUAAAAUCUGGCCCAGACUACACUUGGCAUGUUCUCACUGUCUUCUUAGUAGAACACCCUGUUCUGCUAUUCUGUGUUCUGAAAAAUUAAUAUAGUAUCCAGAAUUAUUAUAUAAAUCUGUUUUAUGAGACAAAAGAGCUUCAUAAAUGUUUUGCCCUAAAGUGGACAGAUGAUUAGCUUUCCUUUUAAGCUUUGCACCAAAUAAGAUUCAUUUGCAUUGACUGUGCAUUCCUUUUGUUUGAUUUCUAUAUGAUGAUAGUUAUUGCUUUGCAAUCUAGUUUUUAACUCCGGUCUAUGUUUAUUUUUAUUUAUUUCUUAUAUUUGUUUACCACCCAUCCUGCCAUGAGGUGAUUCUAGUGGCUUAUAACACUAAAAGCAGUAAAACUACACA